GAAAGACUGGAGAGUUGGUCGGAGGAUAUGGACAUGCGUAUCAACGCCGCAGUGGCAGCAGCUCGUAACUUUGGUAUCGUUCGUCCGCUUGACGAUGUUAUCAUCAUCACCGGGUCUAUUGCUGGUGCUGGAAACACCAACACCAUGCAGGUCUUCCAGGAGAGUUUCUUACUUGUUGUUGUUGUUGUUUUCAUAUUUCGGAUCAUAGAGGAGGAGGAGGAGGAGGAGGAAUUAGCGGGGUCUUUGAGUGGAAAUAUCUAG